AUGGCGCUUCUCAAGUUGCCUCCAGCAGUACGAAAUAUUUUACCAACAGGUCCCUCAGUUGCUCGUUUGAAUUUCAAGUCUGUGCUUUCAGUGUCUGGCUCUCAAGCUCCCGAUUUUCUUCAUGGCAUUCUUUCUUCUGCUGUUCCGACGUCUAAUCGCCCGUUCUUUUCCGCUGCCCUGAAUGCGCAGGGACGUGUACUCUACGAUUUACUUGUAUUCUCUGAUUAUAGCACGAAUGGACGACCAGCCUAUCUGUUAGAAUAUGAUUCGCAUUCUUCCGACGCUCCGUCCCUCCACGAAUUACUUCAACGCUAUGUCCUACGUGCCAAGGUCAAAAUCAGGGAUGUUUCACAAGAAUAUGACAGCUGGGCAUCUUGGGGAUCGGAAAAGGAUGUAGAAUGGGAUACUGAGCGAGACUGGCUUUUCGCUGAAAGUGGCGCCAUCGAGCCUGUCUGGCCUCCUACUACGUCGGAGGACUGGCCGUGGGGUUCCCAAAAACAUAUCAUUAGAGACAGAAGAGCAGUCGGGAUAGGGCACAGGCUUUUAGUCAGGAAGGGCGAUCCACCCCCACAAACUUCUGAUCACGACAUAGUGCCGCAAGAUGCCUACAACCUUCACCGGAUACUCCAUGGGGUCCCAGAAGGACACAUCGACAUUGUUCCAAGCGUUGCUUUUCCAAUGGAUUCUAAUUUGGAUGUAAUGGGCGCAGUCGACUUUAGGAAAGGUUGUUACAUCGGCCAGGAGCUCACUGUGCGAACAUAUCAUAAGGGUGCUGUUCGUAAGAGGACGGUGCCAGUGCUGAUACAAAGUUCCUCCCGUCACAAGUCAACUGAAACUGAAGACAUUCAUGAGAAGUUUGGAACCAAUAUUGACAUCAAACCUGCAAAUAUCAUGGAGGGGUCAGGACCACGGCCUCGAGGUACCGGAAAGCUCCUAAGUACUUCUCAUGGAAUAGGACUAGCCCUGCUUCGAACAGAGCAUGUAGAUGGAGUAGCCUCGGGUAAUCUGAAACUAGACUUUACUUCUGAAAGUGGUGCUACUUGGUCUGUUACGCCUUGGUGGCCUGAAUGGUGGCCCAAACGGCUACUGUAG